AUGGAUCCCGACGCCGAGGUCACGUUUGAGUUCGUCCCCGUGAUCCGGCAGUACAAGAGCGGCCGCGUGGAGCGCCUGCUCCCCAUCAACCCGGUCCCGCCCUCCGUCGACGCCGCCACCGGGGUCGCCUCCAAGGACGUCACCGUUGACCCGGCCACGGGCCUGUGGGCGCGCCUCUACCUCCCAGUAUCCGCGCGCCCCGAUAACGACAGGCGUCGUCUCCCCAUCGUCCUCUACUUCCACGGCGGGGGCCUGGUGGUCGGGUCCGCGGCCGACGCCCCCGAGCACGCCUUCGUGAACCGCCUCGCGGCGCGGGCCGGCGCGCUCGCCGUGUCCGUGGAGUACCGCCUGGCGCCCGAGCACCCCGUCCCCGCCUGCUACGACGACGCCUGGGCUGCGCUCCGGUGGGUGGUGACGUCGGCGGCCGACCCGUGGGUCCGCGACCACGGCGACGUGGCGCGCGUGUUCGUGCUCGGGUUCAGCGCCGGCGCGAACCUCGCGCACAACCUCACCCUCCGCGCCGGCUCGGAGCCCGAGACCGAGCCCGACCUCCUCCCCCGCGGCGCCCGGGUGCAGGGGAUGGCGCUGGUGCACCCGUUCUUCCUGUCGCCGCCGGCACCGGCGCCUGGGGACAAGGGCAGCAAGGCUGCGGAGGAAGGCGAGGUAGCGAAGUACGCGUGGGUGCGCGGCAAGCUGGCGGAGAUGUGGGCGUUCGCGUGCGGCGAGGGGCGGACGGCGGCGGGGCCCGACGACCCGCGCGUCAACCCGCUCGCGGACGGCGCGCCCAGCCUGAGGCGCCUCGGGUGCGCCCGGGUCCUCGUCUGCCUUGCGGACGACGCGCUGGUCGCUGAGGGCAAGGCCUACUACGACGGCCUGCUGGCGAGCGGGUGGGCCGCGGCGGACGCCGAGCUGCUGGACUCCGCGCCCGCGGACCACGAGUUCCACCUCCGUGAGCCCGACAGCGCCAAGGCGGUGCUCCUCAUGGAUCGGCUAGUUGCGCUCAUCACCGGGAACCAGUAG